AUGGAUCCGCCUCAUACACCAACUCCUGCACAUGGAGCUUCUCGAUCUCCACUUUCGCGUUCUUCUUCCCCUGGUGCAAGGAAGCGCCCCCAGCCCAACGACUACCCACUUUCCACUGAUAGCAGACCCGGGAACGGUCCAAUGGGCGGUGCAGGCCAAGACCAACUUUCGGCCACGUCCUCCAAGGCCCGCCUACAAACCCCCGCGCCCGAUAGCAGUGCUGGCAAAUCCAAGUCCAAUAAGCGCAAGAACCGCCGGCGCAGACCCAAAAAUCGCAAACAAUCCUUCCUCACUCCCGCCCCGGAGACGUCGCAUGAAAGGCCUGGAACCUCAUCGGUAGCUGAUGUUGCUAGAGAGCCGAUGGAAGGCGAUCGGCCACCCUCGAAGGAUGGUCAGUCUUUUUUCAAAUUGGGUAGGAAUUUAAGCAAUACCAGCUUGGAGAGCGAGGCAUUAUUGGAUCAUAGAGACCAACCUAUGAUGCGCCCGCGUCGUGACAGUCGCCAAACUUCAACAUUCCGUCCUAGCUCUCUGAUAUCCGGCGCCUUGCGGUCUGGCGAUUUACGAGCUCGAACCAGCCCUGCAGGAGGAUGGCCUCAACAAUACCAGGAGGAAGACAGUGAUUAUUUCGAGCCCACAGACCGCACACCUUUGGUGCGAACCACACCAGGGGCGACAUCAGGUCGAACUCGCUAUGGAUCAGAUAUGCGCACCAGUCCACUCUCCUCUCGCCCACGAAGAACAUCCGGUCAAACAACAUCGUCUCAAUGCUCGCCAAACCACGGCUCAUCCUAUUUCCCCGAGCAAGAACGCGACUUUGAUGUCAACAACCCUCCGUCGAUGCCCGGGACACCGAAGCUAGGGCCGGAUAUAAAUUACGAUGAUGCUAUGAUGACUGGUGUCGAAUUUGAUUUUGCGCAAUCUAUGGAGAAUCACAUGGACGCCUUCAAUCGGGUGAAUGAUGCGGUGAUCAAUAUAGAGGGCAUGCCACAUCAACACUCCGCGCCUUCGUCUGCACGUGGCUCCCCUUUAUAUUCCCCACAUCCGGAAUUUGGUUCACGACGCCACACCGCCCCCCCGGAAGAUGUUUGUUUGCCCCCGGAUGGGUCAGAACUCGGAGAUGAAAGUUUACAUGUGCCACGGGAUGACACCGGUGAAAAACGACGGCGCAGACACCGACGAUGGCCUGACCUCUCGGUGUUGGAAGAAUGGAGUCGAGAAGAAAAGGAAGAGCGCAGUGGGGAUUCCCGCGUUAAAAAGAUCAACGAGCCGAUGCUUAUUGAGGGUCGACUGCGACCCCAGUAUAAGGUAUGGCGACGUGAAGAGGACGAGGCCCCUUAUCGAUUCACCUAUUUCAACGAAGAGUUCCCGAGCACUAUCCACGCACAGACUAUUUCAGAGCUGGUGCAACCGGGUGGUAGUUUUCGAGAAUUGUUCAUUCCUGACCCUCCUGAACUAGAGGACUCCUCGUCUGAGGAAGGAGACGAUGAUAACCACUCUUCCAACGAGCAUACUGCUGGUCAUUCAUUCCAUCCUCCCGGCAGUGGGCCCCGGGUAGCUACGUCACAUGAAGAAUUGCGUGCUACGAAUGGUGGAAAUACCCCGAGGACAUUAAAUACUACCAAGGAUGGCCAAAAUGCCAUGACAGCCACCACAGCCUCCACAGCUGAGACCAAAGGACAUCAGCGUUUGUCUGUUAUCAGUGAAGUACACCAAGAAUCCAACCGAGGAAUCUCGCCGACAUAUUCAAACAACGGCGUGAAGCCCAAGCGGUAUGGCCCCCGCCCGACAUUUUGGCUCGAUGUUCUUUCGCCAACAGAUGCGGAGAUGCGAGCUAUUGCAAAGGCAUUUGGUAUUCAUGCAUUGACUGCUGAGGAUAUCAUGAUGCAAGAGGCACGAGAAAAGGUAGAGCUAUUUCGCAGUUACUACUUUGUAAACUACCGUACCUUUGAACAGGACACCAACAGCGAAGACUACCUCGAACCUGUCAACAUGUAUGUCGUUGUUUUCCGCGAGGGAGUGAUUUCCUUCCAUUUUUCACAAACACCCCAUCCCGCCAAUGUACGGAGGCGUAUUCGACAGCUCAUGGACUAUUUGAUCCUCAGUUCUGACUGGAUCUCGUACGCCCUGAUUGAUGAUAUUACCGAUGUGUUCGGUCCACUUAUCCAAGCCAUCGAAAAUGAGGUCGAUGAGAUCGAUGAGAUGAUCAUGCAAAUGCACUCAUCCAGCAAAGAGGGGUCCGCGAAUGACAAUGUACUUCCCUCCUUUGCACCUGGCGAAAUGCUUCGACGGGUGGGCGAAUGCCGCAAGAAGGUGAUGGGGCUCUACCGGCUGCUCAGCAACAAGGCAGAUGUGGUUAAAGGGUUUGCGAAACGCUGCAACGAGCAAUGGGAAGUGGCACCUAAAUCAGAGAUUGGUCUGUAUUUGGGCGAUAUUCAGGACCAUAUUAUGACCAUGACAGGCAAUUUGACACACUACGAAACGAUACUCUCUCGGGCGCAUUCCAACUACCUAGCUCAGAUCAACAUCUUGAUGAAUGAGCGCCAGGAGCAGACUGCUGAUGUUUUGGGCAAGUUGACUGUACUGGGUACCAUUGUUCUCCCCAUGAAUAUUAUUUGUGGUAUGUGGGGUAUGAACGUGAAAGUCCCGGGCCAGGAUAUCGAUAAUCUGUCUUGGUUCUGGUCGAUUACGGCCGGUUUGUCCGUCUUUGCCUUGCUCUCAUUUGUGAUUGCCAAACGAGUCUACAAGAUUGUGUAG